AGUCAAAAUUAAACACACUAUCUAGGAUGACACUAUUUGUACUUUUGUGAGGUUGAACAGAAGAAUGUAGUUCAUAAAUUCCAAUGAUUUAUUCACUAAUAGAUAAUUUACAAGUGGCCAGCUAUCUAUUUGAGCUAACCAAAAUCCUAACAUCAUUAUUAUCUUCACCAAACAAAGAUGGCUAAGGGAGAAGAAACAACAACUCUAAAAUCUCUUGAAGAUUUUGAUCCUCAAAAGAAGCCCAAAAGGAACAAAUUUGCUUGUGCUUGUGCUAUCUUGGCUUCUAUGACUUCUAUCCUACUUGGCUAUGAUAUUGGUGUGAUGAGUGGAGCAGCUAUCUAUAUACAAAGAGACCUUAAAAUAACAGAUUUACAACUUGAAAUCCUAUUAGGCAUCAUAAACCUUUACUCUCCCAUAGGUUCUUACAUUGCAGGGAGAUUGUCCGAUUGGAUUGGGCGGCGUUACACGAUUGUCCUUGCCGGUGUAAUUUUCUUUGUUGGUGCUGUACUUAUGGGACUUUCUCCAAACUAUGCAUUUCUCAUGUUUGGCCGUUUCUUUGCCGGCGUUGGUAUAGGUUUUGCCUUCUUGAUUGCUCCUGUCUAUGCCUCUGAAGUCUCCCCAACUUCUUCCCGUGGCUUCCUCACUUCCUUGCCUGAGGUAUUUUUGAAUGGAGGGAUUUUAAUUGGAUACAUAUCAAACUAUGGAUUUUCAAAGCUGCCACUCCGCUAUGGUUGGCGAGUGAUGCUUGGAAUCGGCGCAAUCCCUUCUAUACUUCUAGCUGUGGCUGUAUUAGCUAUGCCCGAGUCACCUAGGUGGCUCGUUGCGAAGGGUCGAUUAGGGGAAGCCAAAAAGGUUCUAUAUAAAAUAUCCGAUUCUAAAGAAGAGGCUCAGCAAAGACUAAUUGAUAUCAAAGAGAUAGCAGGGAUCCCUUUGGACUGCGACGACGACAUUGUUUCUGUCACAAAAGUUCAAGGCAAGGGUGUAUGGAAAGAACUAUUUAUUUAUCCUACACCUGCAGUUCGUCACAUUUUCAUUGCUUCCCUUGGGAUUCACUUCUUCGCACAAGCCACAGGCAUAGACGCUGUUGUUUUGUACAGUCCUAGAAUCUUCGAGAAGGCUGGGAUCAAAUCCGACACAAAUAAGCUUCUCGCAACCAUAGCCGUUGGGUUCAUGAAAACAAUGUUCGUCUUGGUGGCCACUUUUUUAUUGGACCGCAUUGGGAGGCGCGCACUGUUAUUAACCAGUGUUGGUGGGUUAAUACUCUCACUUCUGACAUUGGCGAUUAGUCUCACUAUUAUUAAUAAUUCACACGCCUCGCUGACAUGGGCUAUUGGGCUUAGUAUAGCGGCGGUGUUGUCCUACGUGGGUAGUUUCUCAAUCGGGUCAGGUCCCAUUACAUGGGUUUAUAGUUCUGAGAUAUUUCCGCUGAGGCUUCGAGCUCAGGGCGUGUCUAUUGGGGCUGUGGUGAAUAGGGUCACUAGUGGAGUCAUCUCCAUGACUUUUUUGUCCCUUGUUAAUGCCAUCACCAUAGGUGGUGCUUUCUUUCUUUUCGCGGGGAUUGCAAUUGUCGCAUGGAUCUUUCACUAUACUAUGCUCCCUGAAACACAAGGCAAAACAUUGGAGGAAAUAGAAGGGUCUUUCGGUAACUUCUGGAGGAAACCGAACGUCAAUGCCACCAAAGAAGUGAACCACGAAAUUCAAUUGAGUUACAAUGAUUAGACUUUUACAACUAUGGAUUAGCUAAGGAAGAAUUGAUAAAAUGAUGUUAACCAUAUCUAAGCUUGAUAAAUUUUAAAUAUUUCGGGCACUUCAAUAUAGUCAAAUGUGGCUCCUUCAACAACAAAAAAAAAAGUCAAGUGUAUAAGCUUAUGCAAUUUGCCGUUUUAUGCUAUUAACAUGGAUGAUGUGAAUUUGAAACGAUA